GUGGGAUGUGUCCGUUCCGUCACAUCAGUGGGGAGAAGACGGUGGUGUGUAAACACUGGCUCAGAGGACUCUGUAAGAAGGGAGACCAGUGUGAGUUCCUACACGAGUACGACAUGACCAAGAUGCCCGAGUGCUACUUCUACUCCAAGUUCGGUGAGUGCAGUAACAAGGAGUGCCCCUUCCUCCACAUCGACCCAGAGUCUAAGAUCAAAGACUGUCCCUGGUAUGACAGAGGCUUCUGCAAACAUGGUCCAGACUGUAGACACCGCCACACCAGAAGAGUAAUCUGUAUGAACUACUUGGUUGGUUUCUGUCCAGAGGGCCGGUCCUGUAAAUUCAUGCACCCGCGGUUUGAGCUGCCGAUGGGGGCCACGGAACAGCCUCCUCUACCAGCACAGAUACUGGGUCACCAGAAGCCGUUGCCUUCGCUUGGCCGCUCGUCCCUGUCACUCAUCCAGCUGACCAAUCCUGGGGGAGGUGCAGGUCCUCACCAGCAUCAACACCAUCAACGCCAGCCGUACUCCUCUGGUCCCAGCAUGCAUCAGCACCACAACAACAUGGGAGGAGGGAACAGGGGUCCACGCCCACUAGACCAGGUCACCUGCUACAAGGUAAACAGAGACCACACACACACACACGUCUGUCACACAGCCCCCAACCUGUUUCAAUAUCAAUAUACCUGUGUUUGUGUCAGGCUGGGAUUCUAUCUAAUUGUUGGUCCACAAUGCAAUGUUCCCGCAUUCACAGUAAAAGCUGUAGAUUUCAUUCUGAAAUUGCCUUUUAAAAGCUGCAUUGUGGACCACCAGUGAUCAGAUUGAAUCCCA